UGUGUGCGGUAAUUCUCGGUAGGUUCUCCUCGUGCGCCAGCAGCAGCACAGCAAUCUACCCCCGUGUCCGGGUUUGCCGAGUCUUCUUCCGGCCGCGCAAGGCACAUUGAUCCUGGCACUAGUUUGUAGCACCACGAGCUUUCGUUUUACACCGUUUAACCUGCACCCGGAACGAUGGCUUCACCGCUGGAACACUACGUCAAUCAUGUCCGUGCCCAGAGUACCGCCGGCAACUUUCUGGAGCUGGCGGACUAUUUAACCGAUUCGACGGAGCUGCUGUCGAAGAACGGAAACAUCCUGGACAAUGUGCUGGAAACGUUGGACAUUCAGCAGCACUCGCUCGGUGUGCUGUACGUGCUGGCGGCCAAGUUUAACGAUUCCUGUCAGAAUGUAGACGAGACGGAAAAUGUGCUACGAAGUGUACGGGAGUUUAUCACGUUCUGUAACGGCGAACAAGUACGAUGCGCACCACAUGUUUAUUACGAACUCUGCCAUCACCUGACGAACGCGCUGGUGAAACACAAACAGCACACGAUCCUCGGGGUGACGGUGCUGGUGCAGGCGGUGGAAAAGAUCCGCCUGUUCAACUCGCAGCUCACGCCCAUCCACGCGGACCUGUGCCAGCUGUGCCUGUGCGCGAAGGUGUUCAACCCGGCGUUACGCGUGCUGGACAUCGACAUCACGGCGAUAGCGACGACGCACGACAACAAUGCGGACACGAAGUACUUCCUGCUCUACUACUACUACGGCGGCAUGGUGUACUGCGCGGUGAAAAACUACGAGCGGGCCCUGUACUUCUUCGAGGUGGCCGUUUCGACGCCGGCCAUGGUGAUGUCGCACAUCAUGCUCGAGUCGUACAAGAAGUACAUCCUGGUGUCGCUCAUCCUGCACGGCAAGGUGCUCCCGAUACCGAAGUACUCGCAGGUGAUCACGACCCGCUUCAUGAAACCGCUCAGCCACGCGUACCAUGACCUGUCGACCGCGUACAACACGUCCUCCAGCGAAGAGCUGCGGACGGUGGUGAACAAGUACCGCGAUCCGUUCCAGCGCGACCACAAUAUGGGUCUGGUGAAGCAGGUCGUGUCGUCACUGUACAAGAAAAACAUUCAGCGGCUCACGAAAACCUUCCUCACGCUCUCGCUGGCCGACGUGGCCAGCCGGGUGCAGCUGAGUGGACCGGCCGAGGCCGAAAAGUACAUCCUGAACAUGAUCAAAUCGGGCGAAAUAUUUGCCACCAUCAAUCAGAAGGACGGUAUGGUCGUGUUCAAGGAUGACCCGGAGCAGUACAAUAAUCAGGAAAUGUUCGAUCGCGUACAGACCGAAAUCAGUCUGGUGAUGGACCUGAACAAGCAGAUCUUGCAAAUGGACGAAGAGAUCCUGCUGAAUCCCCUGUUCAUUAAAAAAUCGCUCGGAAACCAGGAAGAUGACAUUUGCCCACACACGAAGAACUACAGCGGCGAUCCUACCGAGUAAUGUGGUUGUGAGGGAUGUGUAACAAAGCGAGAGGCAACGCAUGCCGCGUCUUCGGUGGCACAACGAUCGUCAGGGGGGAAAAGUAAAACGGAUCGCGCGUAUCCCAACGAUAACUACUGUUGAUCACUACCACUACCAGCUACUACUACACCGGCGACAAACCCGUUGAUUCCCCGCCGCUUGCGGUACCACUUUCUUUCGGAUUUCCCGUUCCCGCGCUCUCGUUGGGUUCCAAAAAAUUGUUAAACUUUGAUAUUACGCAAAGGCCUCGGCCUCCUUUGCUAAAGAUCGCUAAAGAGAUGGUGAUGAAAUUUUGCAACCGAUGCCUUUGGACUCGUCAUCGUUGUUUCGCUCCUUGGAAAAGAAUUAAAAAGGCGCCAGAGAAGGGCGCAAUCACAGUAAGCGGAUGUACAAUAUGAAAAUAUGCGAUUGAAAUAAAAAACAA